GCGCUCGCCAACCUACAGUUGAGCGACAGGGACAGUCGAUGCCGGCCCCACCACGGGCUCACGGUUUAAAAGAAUAAUCGUAAUUAGGAAGCGCCUCAUUCUGAGUGUGGCAUACUAAACUUUAUGAAUCUUCAAUCAAAACAUAUCAUUGGUGUCCUAGAAAGAAAUUGCCAACAUGGCUACGGAAAUUGGUUCUCCACCUCGAUUUUUCCACAUGCCCAGGUUCCAACACCAAGCCCCUCGGCAGCUGUUCUAUAAACGACCUGACUUUGCACAGCAGCAGGCAAUGCAGCAGCUCACCUUUGAUGGGAAGCGGAUGAGAAAGGCUGUGAACCGAAAAACCAUCGACUACAAUCCUUCUGUAAUCAAAUACUUGGAGAACAGAGUAUGGCAGAGAGAUCAGCGAGAUAUGCGAGCCAUCCAACCCGAUGCUGGAUAUUACAAUGAUUUGGUCCCACCAAUAGGCAUGCUGAAUAAUCCUAUGAAUGCCGUAACAACAAAAUUUGUUCGGACAUCUACCAAUAAAGUCAAAUGUCCAGUGUUUGUUGUCAGGUGGACCCCCGAAGGAAGGCGGUUGGUCACCGGGGCUUCUAGUGGAGAGUUCACCUUGUGGAAUGGACUCACAUUCAAUUUCGAAACUAUAUUACAGGCUCACGAUAGUCCAGUGAGGGCCAUGACCUGGUCACACAAUGACAUGUGGAUGUUGACAGCAGAUCAUGGGGGAUAUGUGAAAUAUUGGCAGUCCAACAUGAACAACGUCAAGAUGUUCCAGGCACAUAAGGAGGCGAUUAGAGAGGCCAGUUUCUCACCCACGGAUAAUAAAUUUGCUACAUGCUCUGAUGACGGCACUGUUAGAAUCUGGGACUUUCUACGUUGCCAUGAGGAAAGAAUUCUUCGAGGCCACGGUGCAGAUGUGAAGUGUGUAGACUGGCAUCCAACAAAAGGAUUGGUUGUGUCUGGAAGUAAAGACAGUCAACAGCCAAUCAAGUUCUGGGAUCCAAAGACUGGGCAGAGCCUUGCCACGCUACAUGCCCACAAAAACACAGUAAUGGAAGUGAAGUUAAAUCUCAAUGGCAAUUGGCUGCUAACCGCAUCACGUGACCACCUCUGUAAGCUUUUCGAUAUCCGAAAUCUAAAAGAGGAGCUACAGGUCUUUAGAGGGCACAAGAAAGAAGCCACAGCUGUGGCCUGGCAUCCUGUCCAUGAAGGUCUUUUUGCCAGCGGAGGAUCCGAUGGAUCUUUACUGUUUUGGCACGUUGGGGUAGAGAAGGAGGUGGGAGGAAUGGAAAUGGCACAUGAAGGAAUGAUUUGGAGCCUGGCCUGGCACCCUCUUGGACAUAUUCUGUGCUCCGGAUCAAAUGACCAUACCAGCAAAUUCUGGACUCGAAAUAGACCUGGUGAUAAAAUGCGAGAUCGUUACAACCUAAACCUGCUGCCUGGAAUGUCAGAAGAUGGAGUGGAAUACGAUGACCUCGAACCCAAUAGCCUGGCAGUGAUUCCAGGAAUGGGGAUACCCGAGCAGUUGAAACUAGCCAUGGAACAAGAGCAGAUGGGAAAAGAUGAAUCAAAUGAAAUUGAAAUGACAAUUCCGGGUUUGGAUUGGGGAAUGGAGGAGGUGAUGCAAAAGGAUCAAAAGAAAGUGCCACAGAAAAAGGUUCCUUACGCAAAACCUAUUCCAGCUCAAUUUCAGCAAGCUUGGAUGCAGAAUAAGGUUCCAAUUCCUGCCCCCAAUGAAGUACUGAACGACAGAAAGGAGGAUAUUAAAUUGGAAGAGAAGAAAAAGACCCAAGCAGAAAUCGAACAGGAAAUGGCCACACUUCAAUACACAAAUCCACAGCUUUUGGAGCAACUCAAGAUCGAAAGACUCGCCCAGAAACAGGCAGAACAAGUUCAGCCUCCACCCCCAGGUGGCCCUCUGCUCGGACCCCAGCCCUUUCCGGGACAAGGCCCGAUGUCUCAGAUGCCUCAAGGUUUUCAACAGCCUCUUCCUCCUCAGCAGAUGCCAAUGAACAUGCCUCAGAUGGGACCUCCCGGUCCCCAAGGACAGUUCAGGCCCCCAGGCCCCCAGGGCCAAAUGGGACCUCAGGGCCCCCCGUUACAUCAGGGAGGUGCGGGCCCGCAAGGAUUCAUGGGACCACAAGGGCCGCCCGGACCCCAGGGACCUCCACAGGGACUGCAAAGGCCUCAGGAUAUGCAUGGCCACCAGGGAAUGCAGAGACACCCGGGCCCCCAUGGACCAAUGGGACCCCAGGGGCCGCAGGGAGGUUCGGGUCCUCAGGGUCACCUGGGACCCCAGGGUCCACCUGGUCCACAGGGGCACAUGGGACCUCAGGGGCCGCCCGGCCCUCAGGGUCACCUAGGCCCACAGGGCCCACCCGGUGCUCAAGGAAUGCAGGGGCCACCUGGUCCGAGAGGGAUGCAAGGACCCCCACACCCUCACGGAAUGCAAGGAGGACCGGGAUCUCAGGGGAUGCAAGGCCCUGUGUCCCAGGGACCGCUCAUGGGACUUAAUCCAAGAGGAAUGCAGGGCCCCCCCGGGCCCCGAGAUAACCAAGGUCCCGCUCCCCAAGGGAUGAUGAUGGGUCAUCCGCCUCAAGAAAUGAGAGGACCUCACCCUCCGGGUGGACUGCUGGGACAUGGCCCUCAGGAGAUGAGAGGCAUGCAGGGCCCUCCGCCCCAAGGAUCAAUGCUCGGGCCUCCGCAGGAAAUGCGCGGGCUGCCGGGCUCGCAAGGCCAACAGGGCCCGCCUCAGGGCUCUUUGGUAGGACCUCCCCAAGGAGGCAUGCAAGGCCCGCCGGGACCUCAGGGGCAGCAGAACCCAUCAAGAGGACCCCAUCCGUCCCAAGGCCCGCUACCGUUCCAGCAGCAGAAAACAGCCCUGCUCGGGGAUGGCCCCCGGGCCCCCUUCAACCAGGAAGGACAGAAUCCUGGUCCUCCCCCACUGAUCCCAGGACUGGGGCAGCAGGGAUCGCAAGGUCGGAUCCCCCCCCUUAACGCAGGACAAGGACCCGGUCCAAAUAAAGGUGACUCCCGCGGCCCCCCAAACCAUCACAUGGGCCCGAUGUCAGAAAGAAGGCAUGACCAGAACAGUGGUCCCGAUCACGGUCCCGAGAGAGGACCGUUCCGAGGGGGUCAGGACUGUAGAGGCCCACCCGACAGACGCGGGCCUCACCCUGAUUUUCCCGACGAUUUCAAUCGACCAGACGAGUUUCACCCAGACAAGCGGUUUGGACACAGAUUGCGGGAAUUUGAGGGAAGAGGCGGACCUCUGCCACAGGAGGAGAAGUGGAGACGAGGGGGUCCGGGACCUCCGUAUCCUCCCGACCACAGGGAUUUCAAUGAGGGAGAUGGACGGGGCUCGAACCGCGGGCCUCCCGGAGCUUGGGAAGGACGCAGGCCCUCAGACGAGAGAUUCCCACGGGAUCCCGAGGACCCCCGUUUUCGCGGGCGCCGGGAGGAGAGCUUCAGAAGAGGAGUCCCGCCCAGGCAUGAAGGUCGGGGCCCCCCCAGAGGACGGGAUGGUUUCCCUGGUCAUGAAGACUUUGGGCCAGAGGAGAAUUUUGACUCAUCAGAUGAGAACAUGAGAGGACGAGAUCUUGGGGGUCGGGGCCGUGGUAGAGGUGCCCUGAGAGGAGGUCGGAAGGGUUUACUUCCCACUCCAGAUGAGUUUCCCCGCUUUGAAGGAGGACGGAAACCGGACUCAUGGGACGGAAAUAGAGAACCAGGUCAUGAGCAUUUCCGGGAUGGUCCCCGUCCUGAUCAUCCUCCCCAUGAUGGACAUUCUCCUGCAAGCCGAGAACGCUCUUCCUCCCUCCAGGGGAUGGACAUGGCUUCGCUGCCGCCCCGCAAACGCCCCUGGCACGAUGGGCCUGGAACAUCUGACCGCAGGGAUAUGGAAGCCCCCGGUGGGCCUUCAGAGGAGAGAGGUAAAGGACGAGGCGGCCCGGGACCAUCACAGAGGGUGCCGAAAUCCGGACGGUCCAAUUCCUUGGAUGGAGAUCAUCACGACGGGUACCACAGAGAUGAACCUUAUGGGGGUCCCCCAGGCGGGGGUGCCUCAUCCCGAGGGGGAAGAAGCGGCAGUAACUGGGGGAGAGGAGGUAAUAUGAACUCUGGCCCUCUGAGGCGAGGAGCAUCUCGAGGUGGCGGAAGGGGCCGGUAGAAGAGGUGGAGACUGGGCGACCCCCAGUCCUUAAUGGACAGUAUUUAAAUGCUUCUCGUGGACUCACCAAAAGAAACCAAGGAAUUCUGCAUCGCCACAAGUCUGGACUCUUAGCCGGGGGCAUCCGCAUCCCUAAUUAAAGUCUUCUAGAUCCGGUGACCGCUACGAGGCCGCACCACCGCGGCUGGUUACCCGUCUCGUCCUCCCCACCCCGUUUCUCUCACCCCUCCGUUGUUUUGUGAAGAUAAAAGCUGGAAUUUUUUUUAGUGACGUGAGACAUGGAGCGCCUCCACAAAUUUCAGUUCAUGUCUAAUCGAAAACUUGUUUCUAUAUGUACAGUUUGUCUGAAGAAAAUGUUGAGUUGUUUUUGUAUGAAUACAGAAUGUGAUUUGCGCAACGAUUAACAUAAAACAGCCGUCCGGUGACUCCCGUGACUCCCCUACAGCUGCACUCGUGAAUCAGUCGCCCCGUCGAUCUCAGCGCGGGGGAUCGCUCGGCUAAUCGAAAGAGCUAAUCGUUCCGCUUUUAUAACACAGAGCUAUAAAAGGACUUUGGGUUCACGUACUGGGUGUCGUCACGCAUGAUUCUGCCAAUGGUUCGUCGGUUUUUUUCCGUGACGGUCAACAGGGGAGAGUCGUUGCGUAUCCCUGCCUCCGCUCCUGCAAAAGGAUACCUCAGAGAAAGCCGUGCGUGUAUAGUGAUUGCGCUACGUCCCUCUCUCUGCCCUGGGCGCGGAACCAGGUUGCAGAGCUCCAACAGCGGGUGUGACUCGGAGCCCGCCCGGCUGCUCCCUAGCCCCCGCCAGGCAGCUCUGGCCCGUGGAGUCUUGUGAACAGUUAGAUCUCCUUUUACCGGCCGCAUUACCUGGCGGCCGAAUUCCGCGACCCGGAGCGAAUCCAUCUCAGGAGGCGUCGGCCCCAUCCGUCAGACGCCAAGGCGAGGUCAGAGGGGAGGAAGGGAAGACAUCUGAUAGACCCAAGAUGGAGGACUGAAACAUUUACACGGUAAACACUUUCCAGCGGGGGAAGCCAACGGUUAUCGAAAGCAACCCAACAACCCUUAAUAAAGCAGACACGAUAGCGGUUUCCUCAGGGUCUCGUACCAGAGUUCUACCUGCCGGACGGCGGGAUCGCCCUAGUGCCACUGAGCGGAUGGUGCCGUGUGCCUGGGGGAUUCUGUCGCUGUCAGAUAAGGCUGCUGGCAAGGAGAAGAAAGUGCGUUAGGAUAUCCGCUGCUCUUCCGGCAGGUUGAGUGACACAGAAUGUUCCUCUUCAACCUCAGUCUUACGAAAGAGAUGGUGCCAGGAUCCUACGUAGGGUCUGGACUGGCUCCAGGGUCCCGCUGGGUUGGCGAGGGAAACAGAUGCCAGUCCCACCAGACCCCUAGGGAGGCCCGCGUGACCCGAGCGGACUUGCCGAGCUCACGCUGAGCCACCUCGGUGGCUCUGCCGGUGUUGGACAGGAAAGGCCUGCUGGUGUCAGAAUCACGAUGCUGCUCCAACAGCUUAUCAGAAGAGCAACAGGCUGACAGGCGUGUAUCCGUCCAACUUAGUGGAAAACGGGCUUUCUGAAGAAAAAGGAAGGGUUGUUUGCAGUUUGUGGGAGAAGGAAGCGGAGGAUGAGCGUGAGCCUAAAGAAACUCCUGCUCCAGGUGUGAAAUGGAGCCAGAGUCUCAAAUAAGGAGCUACUUGAACAGAAAAGUAGGAGCUGGCAACCUUAGAUCGGUGCAUAUAGCACUGUUUCCCAUUACCUUCCCAGUGAAAUGGAUUUUGAUCUUUUCCCAGAAAAACCCAACAGCUCCCUGGCCCAGCAGAGUUUAUUUCAUUAAGUCCCUCCGGCUGAACAACGGUGGAUAUUUCAUUGGCAGGCUUAGUCCGUCACGCUACUACCCUGUAAAAGAUGGUCCGUUAGCGAGGAUUCUAGUUAUCAUCGAUUCACACGGUUACACUUCUUGUGGAUUCCAGGGGAUUGGUGGGCCUGCACCACUGAGAAGCGUAAUAGUUCCUAAGGCCACUAGCUAGAACCAGGUCAUUCGUGCUACCUUCUGUGAGCAGUUUGGGACGUCCCUCUACCGCGCUCCUUUAAGUCGUGACAAAGUUACCUUUCUUUAGAUGGAGGCUUUAUAUUUAUCAGUGCUCUGAUAAGACGGGCGUUGGGGUCUCGAAGAAUCCCGUGUUUAGGAAAACUUGAUACAGUACACACACACACACCAUCUCCUCCAACCUCCUGUCCCCAAGUCUCUUCCAAUCUCACACCGCCUUCUAUUCCGGGGAGGAGCGCCGGAGGAAACGUUCCCUAAUGUCCCAGCAGCGCUCUGCCGAAAGGGCAUCUUAAAAACAUGUAUCACGGGAGGAUUGACCGGUUGCUUGGUGCGCUAAAUCUGCCUCGUCUCUGAAACCAAGGGUCCUAUGUUCCAUAAAAGAGGCAAUGUCAUUGGGGAAGGCAGAUAAGUUUAGAGAAAACGUUUCCUUAACGAUGCCAGUCCUGGGUUUGGCCAUAAGAAGGGCCUGUGUUGGCAUGAAAAUACCCAGCUCGAAUGAACGAAAGAAACCUGAUCAUUCCUGUCACGUAAAAAUCAGACUUUCCAAUCAUGAAACAACAUCAAUCAACAAAAUGUAUAACAGACUAAAUGAUGGAAUUGCUACAUUUGCUGUUUUAUUUGAAUAGGAAUUCAUGUUUGGAAUUAUGCUUUCAUAAUACAUGAUUAUUAGAGAAACUGUAUUUUCAGUGGCAUUCACCUAAGGCGCUUGAGAAAAUGGUGGGGAGGGUGUCUGAUGGCACAGAUGAUCUUGCCAAGAAGCUUGUUCUGUGUUGGCCCACAAAAAUAACUAUUUUGAUUUAUGAGAUUAACUCUGAGAGUUACCUAAAAGUUGGUCAUGUGGAGUUUCUGGUAUUAGAGUAUAUGUUUCUCACUUUAAUUGGGCCAAUACUUCAUUUGAGUUCUUUGGCGAUCAAACCCCAAAAGCCUAUGAAGGAUAGGAGAGAACCGAUGUCACACAAGGGGAGAAAAAUCAAGUCCCUCUUUUCUCCCCGGAUUUUUUUUUUUAUCCGGGAGACUGAUAAAGGAAUAAAAUUGCUAAUUCA